CCCACUUUUGAAGGGAGGCUUUUACAACUCGUCUGCCUCUUUCUCGAACCACACCCUCACCUGUGCGCGGUGUUGCCUGCCCUGCUCCAGUGUCUGCAGAAAGACAAAUGGAGUCUCCUUAGAUAAACGACGCGUCCAGCGCCAGUUUAGCUCAGAGCACGAGCCUUCUCCCCGGAGGAACAUGACCAGGAAGGAGCCCUGAAGUCUUCUCCUCCCUCUCUGUCCGCCUGUCUCCCUGAGACCAACAACUGCAGCAAAGGAAGGAGAAGAGAAGAAGCAACAACAUGAGGGACACACCAGGAGGAGUAGGAGGAGGAGGAGGAGGAGGCGUAGGAGACAAAAUUAGUAAAUCCGAGAAGGACCAGAGUUGGAUCCCCAAAAUCAUAAAGAAGAGAGUGUGCUCCACCUUCGUAGACGAUUCGUUCAGUAAUGGGGCCCUUUGCCAGUGUGGGGGUGCGAGAGACGCCCACGGCUCUGUGGCUCUCGGGGACUACUUCAGCACGGCGAUCGUCAACCACUGGGACAGCGCCCAGCACUCGUCUGAGUACCCGACGGAUGCCUUUGGAGAGCUGCAGUUUGCAGGAGCCAGCAAGAGACAUAGCUAUUUCCUACGCAUGUCAUGGGACACCCCUCCGUCUAUGGUCUACACCCUGAUGACGGCCCACUGGGGCCUGCCAGCGCCCAAUCUGGUGGUGUCCGUAGUGGGUGGCGAGGGAAGGACAAAGGUGAAGACGUGGGUACGGGAGGUCCUGAGGCAGGGACUGGUGAAAGCCUCACAAAGCACAGGAGCGUGGAUCCUGACGGCCGGCAUGCGUGAAGGAGUGGGGAGAUGUGUCGGGGAGGCGGUGAGGGAUCACGCCACCGCAGCUUCGUCCGUCUCCCUCAACAAGGUGGUGGCGCUGGGCAUCACUCCCUGGGGCCUGGUGCACAACCGGGAGCAGCUGGUCAACCCUCAGGGCAGCUUUCCUGCUAAGUACCACGUCCAGAAUAUGAACCGGGACUCCUGCUGCUUGGACAACAACUACCAGGCCUUUCUGCUGGUAGACGACGGGAGCGUGGGACGCAGAGGAGGUGAUACGGGGUUCAGGGCCAAACUGGAGGACUACAUCUCCCACCAGCGCACAGGCAUCUGGGCCAGCGGCAGCAUUGACAUCCCCGUCCUUUGUAUGCUGGUGUCUGGGGAGGCGAGCAUGCUGGAGAGAGUGGAUCUGUCUCUGAAAAACAACAUGCCCUGGCUGGUGCUGGCCGGCUCAGGAGGUAUGGCCGACUUCCUGAGCGACGUCUUGGAGAACCUGUCGUCGGUGCCCGUGGUGCAGUCCUGCAACGAGGGGGAUGGUGAGGCGGCUUCCAGCGUGGACCUGAAAGAACGAGUGGCAGAACGGGUUAAAAAGCAUUUCCCUUCCGAAGUGGAGACGGACAAACUCGUCGAGCGAGCUCUGAGUAUCUACCAGAACAGAGAUAUGAUUACGAUCUACCACGGGGAGCAGGAGGCCCCUAAUGACUUUGACACAGUCCUGCUCAAAGCAUUAGUCGGAGCCAGUAAGCACCGUGCGUCAGUGGAUGCCAGCCCUUACAAUGAGGAGCUGAAGCUCGCGGUCACCUGGAACAGGGUCGACAUUGCCAAGAGUGAACUCUUCAAUGGAGACAUACAGUGGAGGUAUGACGACUUGGAAGACUCCAUGACAGACGCCCUGAUCAAUGACAAGCCUCAGUUUGUGCGUCUUUUUACUGAAAAUGGCCUCAACAUCCUGGACUACCUGACCUACGACCGGCUGGAGAGCCUGUACCGAUCCGUGGCCGAUGGCACGCUCCUUUACUACCUGCUGCAGCGCCAACUCAUGGAGCGGCAAGGUAAUGCAGUUGCUGCUUCUACCCUGUCGAGUCAGCAGGCCACGGCCUCCAAAUUGGACAAGAUGAAGCGCGGGCCGGGGAUGGAUAUCAGCCUUUUUGAGGUGUCAGGAGUCCUGGAGCUGUUGAUGGGUGACGUCUGCCAGCUGUUCUACUUCGAUGCUUUGGGUUUAGAACAGAUCACAUCCAAGAGGAGGGCACUCAGGCGCGUCAGUAAGCUGCUGCGUGGCGACUGCCUGUAUCGGAAUAAACGCUGCCUCUUCCCCUGGGCGUCGCUCUUCAUCUGGGCUGUUCUGCAGAAUCGCAGCGAGAUGGCUACGUUCUUCUGGGAGAUGGCGGGGGAGUCGGUGCUGAGCGCUCUGAGCGGCUGUAAGAUCCUGAGAGAACUUUCCAAGUUGGAGACUGAGACGGAGAACAAGGUCUCCAUGAAAGAGUUGGCCCAGAGUUUUGAGAACCUGGCACAUGACGUCUUCAGCUCUUGCUAUCGGAGCAAUGAGAGUCGCUCGUUCACUCUGCUGAUCAGGAAGUCUCCGGUUUGGGGGGGUACGACCUGCCUCCAGAUGGGCAUGGGCGCUGACGCUCGGCUUUUCUUCAGCAACGACGGAGUACAGUCUCUGUUGUCGCAGAUCUGGUGGGGUGACAUGAAGAGGAACACGGAGGUGUGGAAGCUGGUGCUCACGUUCUUCUGCCCCUUCCUCUGCUACACCAACUUAAUCUCCUUCAGGAAACACGAGGACCAGCAGCUAGAGGAGGAGAGCAAGCCUAACGAGGAUGGACAAGGCCGGGACAGCGACAGCCUCUACGGCACCACCGUCUUCUCCUUUUCCGACAUCAAGCACAUUGAAGCUGACGCACAAGAUGCAACCACUCCGAGGACAGCACACCUUAAAGGCAUACCUCAGAAUCCCAGACCACCAAAGCGCCCGUUUAUCGUGUCGAGAUGGCGCCAGUUCUGGUUCGCACCCGUCACCUCGUUUCUGGGCAACGUCCUGAUGUACUUCCUCUUCCUCCUGCUUUUCGCCUACGUGCUGCUGGUGGACUUCGAGCCCCCUCCGCCCGCGGGUCCGGCCGUCACCGAGUACGUGCUGUACUUCUGGGUGUUCACCAUCGUGUGUGAGGAGAUCCGAGAGACUUUCUUUUUGGGGGCGAUGAGUUGGCGCCAGAGGAUGAGAGUUUACAUCCAGGAUGUUUGGAACAAGUGUGACCUCACCGCCAUCUUCCUCUUCAUCAUUGGACUAAUCUGCAGGAUGUUCCACGUGUCGUAUGGAUAUGGCCGGCAGUUCCUGUGUGUGGACUACAUGGUGUUCACCCUCCGCCUCAUUCACAUCUUUGCCAUCCACAAACAGCUGGGGCCAAAAAUCAUCAUUCUCAGCAAGAUGAUGAAGGAUGUCUUCUUCUUCCUCUUCUUCCUGGGGGUGUGGCUCAUGGCGUAUGGAGUAGCCAACCAGGCUUUGCUGUAUUCCUACGACCCGAGCCUGAAUCGCAUCUUCCGCCGGGUUUUCUACAGGCCGUAUUUGCACAUCUUUGGGCAGAUCCCUGUGGAGGAGAUGGACGUUGGGAAGCAGUGGGACAUGCCCUGCACACACAAUGUGACAUUGAUCCAGGCCGGUGAUGAGCCAUGCAGGACGAUGUACAGUAACUGGCUGGUGGUGAUUCUGCUCGUCGUUUACCUGCUCGUCACCAACAUCCUGCUCAUCAACCUGCUAAUCGCCAUGUUCAGCUACACCUUCUCGGAAGUGCAGGCGAACAGCGACAUCUACUGGAAAUUCCAGCGCUACAACCUGAUUGUUCAGUACCACUCCCGUCCCUCGCUGGCGCCUCCCUUCAUCAUCAUCUCUCACAUCAAUCUGUUUAUCAAGAGGAUAAUCCGCAAGGUGCCCUCCAUCAAGAUCCACCAUUUUGUGUUGCAGCUACGAGGGAAAGUGGCGAACAGGCUGAUGACGUGGGAAACCAUUCAGAAGGAGGACUUCCUCACUGCACAGACCAAGAUCCAGAAGAGCAGCGACUCCGAGAGGCUUAAACGGAUGUCGCUCAAAGUGGAUGGCGUGCUGAAACUCCUGACUGACACCAGAGACGUUGACCACAGGCUAAGGGCUCUGGAGAAUGAGAUGGAGUAUUGUUCCAACGCUCUCAGCUGGAUUGUGGACACGUUGGCUCAAGGCAGCACGUUUAAACCUCCUCGUCCUCCACCUACACAAAGAGAUGUGUUCCCUUGUUCUGCCAGUUCCACCUGAUUCAGCCUGGCCGGUGCGUUCACUUGCUUCACAUGGUCAGUAAAAGACAACAGUUAAAGACCAGUCUUGCUGUUCUUCUGCCGUGUUCAACACUGGACUCAUUUAGCAAAGAUUCUCAGUGGUUCUUGCAUUAAAGAGAGAGAGAGAGAGAUGUCGUCACUUCCUGUUACAGUACCGAAUUAAUUGAAAAGGUGACGUUUUAAUGUGAAAUUCAUCUCAUUCUAAUGCCAAAGUCAAGUGCAUGUAUUUAUAAUGUGGUAGGAGAUAUUUUAUGUAUUUAAUUUGGCAUUGGUGUUAAAGCUUUAUUGCUUAUUCUGUUUUUAUGGUUUUUACAGAGUUUUACAUCAUUACAGUGAAACUAAUACUACUGUUUACAGGGGCACAUUGUAUUACUUUUGUUUUUAGUUAUAGUUGAUUUUUAUCUUAAUAAUAACUGGAGAAAUCACGUGUUCUUUUUCUUUUCUGUCUUUCCUUCAAUUUUCUCGACAACCAGAAUUUCCAAAGACAGAUUUCUCCGUUUGUUAGUACGGUGUUUUUGUUUUUCUGCAUUUGUGAUCAUGUUCAAUAAAGUUUAUGUACAGUA